AUAGGUUUGUUUGUCAGGGAGAGGAAACACUGUUUUUUACGCCUUGUGCACAAAGUGGCACAGAGCACAGAUCGGCUCCAGCACGGCUCCUUCUGUCGCUAAUGAAUGGAUUCCCUGCAAAUCCACCUCUCUCGGAUGCUUUUGAGCGCAGCCUUCUCAUAGGCUAUUAUUAAUUUCCAGUCAUCUGUGGGGAGACUGCUGCCGUUCUGUGGUUAGGCUACAUGAUUAUCUCACCAACGCUGUGGACACUGAUCGUUGAUCAUGCCAAGUGCACUGAUUUGAGACCAGCUUUGACUUCAGAGUCGCAUCAGCGCUGCUGGGUGGACACAGAGCUGAUCAUCUGGAGAGGGUUUCUGCAACAAUUUGUUGCAAACAUUUUGAGGGGCGAAGUCAUGGUGCCGUUACCACAUCGGCUUCUCAUGGCACCGUGAGAACUUUGUUCUUCCUGACUCCCCCCCUUUCCCCCUUUAUUUCUUUUACAUGUUUGUCAGCGGGAUCGUGCUUCUUUGGGAAAAUAUCCACCAUUUUGCGUUUCAAUUAUGUUCACUUUUGCUGCCUUCUGCUACAUGCUGUCUCUGGUCCUCUGUGUGUCCCUGAUCUUCUUUGCAAUAUGGCACAUAACAGCUUUUGAUGAGCUUCAGGCUGACUUCAAGGUUCCGAUCGAUCAGGGCAAUCCACUCCAUGCGAGGGAGAGACUGCGGAACAUUGAGAGAAUCUGCAACUUACUGAGGAAGUUGGUGCUACCUGAGUACUCCAUCCAUGGACUCUUCUGCAUCAUGUUCCUGUGUGCUCAAGAGUGGCUGACUGUCGGCCUCAACAUCCCCCUGCUCUUCUACAACACGUGGAGUAGGUACUUCCAUUCCCCGACGGACACUAAGGAGCUGCUCUACGACCCAGCAUCCGUGAUGAAUGGCGACACACUCAAAUUCUGCCUAAAGGAGGCCUGGUGCAAGCUGUCCUUCUUCGUCCUCUCCUUUUUCUACUAUCUCUACUGUGUGUGGAACCUGGAUAUAUCCCUCUAAUAGGUCUUAUCAAUGGAAACACUUAAAGUAUGAUCUACUCCUUGAUUACCUCAUAUAACGACUGAUAUGUCAGCAACUGGAAAGAAACAAAAACCCUCUGGAUACGCAGAUUGCCACUGUCUUAUUUGAGAAUAGAAAGUGAAGAAAUUUCAAAGUAAAGAAGAGAUUUUUUUUUUUCUUUUUUUGCUGUGAAGUCAAACAAUGAACUGCAUGGGGGUCAAGCUUCUUUUCUGACUAGUCCCCUUAAGACAGAAGAACAUGUUUUAUGCUCGCCUGUUUAUAAAAACUGAAGACAGUCCUGUUUACAGUUUGACUGGUCGUAGCAAGACCCGAGUUAAUCACUGCCUGGCCAACGUUUGUACCACACACACACACACACACACACAUACACGCAAACAAAAACACAUUUUAGCACACAUCCACAGCCUCCUCUGGAGUGGCACGGUACUUAACUGUACAGUAGCAGCGCAAGUAGCCCAGGGGACGAAGAACACAGUAGCAUUUGCACUGUUUGUCUCAGGCACAGCAUGGUGAAGCACCGUCCAGCACAGCACAGCUCACCAACCCUCAGUCAUUCCUCCUCCUCCUCAAUGUCUCACAAACUGUAGCUAAACAGACGAGUCCAAAACAAGGGAUGAAUGGAUGAGAUAACACUGUACAGAAAAGAAAACAUUCUGGGGGAACUGCCAGAGCAGCCAGUUCUCUAUAUUUUCUCCUGGACAGCACAGUCCAUGGCCCAUAGGUUUUUCUUUUUAACAUUAUGUGAAUGGCUUUUGUGACGUGUGCAUUUUGGUGUAUUCUUUAACAAAAGGCAUUUCUAAUUGAAUUAUGAUCUACAGCAACCAGUAUUCUAUACAGCAAAUGCCUUCUAAGUGUUGUCCUAGUGUCGUUCUAUUGUGGGAAACUUUUCUAAAACUCUGACUAAAAACUGACACCUGUCGAAGCUUUUAUAGUAGAGGAGCACACAUUCUUUGCACAAAUAGUGUCUUGCACAAUAUUCUCAAUAUUUGGCUUUAUAUUAGAGAUCAAUUAAGAUAGUCUAGCCACACAGGUUAGGGUCUUCCAACAUGUAAAGAUAUAUCCAGCCCUAUUUAAAGAUGGGGGGACAAUGUGAAUCUUUUCUAGGUUGAUUUACACCAUGGACCAUAAUGAUGUCUUUUCAGUAUUGAAAUGUAUUUAUUUAUGUCUGUUUAUGAGAUACUGAUGGCUUGCCUCCAUGCACUACCUUAAACUAAAUAUUUUUUUCCAAUGUAAGCAGACCAUGAUAAGACAGAAUGAGUAGUGAAUAAAGCAGAAGGUGAGAAAGGUGCUGAGGAUUGAUCUGUCUUUCUCUGUGAUUUGAAUAAAAGCAACUGUAGCAGAUGAUGCAAAUGAUACAUGAGAGCUGUGUGAGCUGUCUAGGAAUAUUGAGGUACCGUACAGUGAUCCCAGAGAGAAAGUUGCUCCCUUCCAUAUGCAGGUCAAAGUGUCUUUCACAGAGACACGAGCAGGCCAAGGGCUUGAACCUGCCUCUUCCGUGUGUAGCACAAUUUUCUAACCACCAUCACCUUCACACAGUGAGCUCACUUCUUAAGCUGCUACUCCAGGAGCAGAUAGGAAUGCCCAAUUCUUGUUUUCUCUUAUUCUAGUUCCAAGCAUUUUCUAUUCUUACUGUGUAUGUGAC